AUGCCUCGACUACCCUUCUCGCUCCCGAGCCUCCCCAUCCACAUUCCUCACCGAAUACGCCGCCGCUUCCGCUCGACGAGGUCCAAGAUACGCUCACGGCAGACGCCCACCUCAUCCAUCGCAUCCAUUGAAACCUCAUUCAACCCCGCCGACACGAUACGGUCCCUCCGAACACAUCAAUGGAGCGUAUACGAUGCGCAAUACCUCUUCCUGGCGGUGCUCGGCAUCUUCAGCUUGUGCAUAAUACAGAGCCCAGGGCCGCUCUUCAAGACGCUGGUGGCCACCGCUCUGUUGACUAGCCUGGUAAUACCGAUCACGAGGCAGUUCUUCCUCCCAUUUCUACCCAUCGCCGGCUGGCUCAUCUUGUUCUACGGAUGUCAAUUCAUUCCAUCAGAAUACAGGCCAGGCAUCUGGGUUCGAGUGCUGCCUGCGCUGGAGAACAUCCUUUACGGCGCAAACCUGAGCAACAUCCUCGCCGCACACAAGAAUGCAGUUCUUGACGUGCUGGCGUGGCUACCAUAUGGAAUCACGCACUUUGGCGCACCGGUCGUGUGCUCAGGUCUGAUGUUCAUCUUUGGAGCACCCGGCACGACCCCAGUCUUUGCAAGGGCUUUCGGAUACAUGAACAUCGCAGGUGUGAUUAUCCAGAUUCUGUUUCCAUGCAGCGCCCCAUGGUACGAGAACAUUUACGGACUGGCACCAGCCAAUUACUCGAUACCUGGAUCACCCGCUGGUUUGGCACGAGUUGAUAAGCUGUUUGGCAUCGACCUCUACACCUCAACAUUUACCGCCUCGCCGCUCGUGUUCGGUGCUUUCCCAUCGCUGCACUCGGCAAACGCCACCCUCGAGGCGCUCUUCAUGUCUCACGCAUUCCCAAUGCUGCGGCCGCUCUUCAUCCUCUACACCGUAUGGAUGUGGUACGCAACCAUGUACCUCAGCCAUCACUACGCGAUCGAUCUUGUUGGUGGCAGUACCAUUGCUGCAAUCGCCUACUUCAUCGCAAAGGGCAGCUUUUUGCCACGACGACAGCCAGGCAAUCUAUUCCGCUGGGAUUACGACUACGUGGAGUAUGGCGAGGAACAGGAUCCAUACGCUUACGGCAUCAACGACAUUGACGAGUACGAGCUUGCUCGGAAGGGCGACAGCGAUGAGUGGACAAUCGGCUCCAGCUCCAGCUUCUCAAGCAGCAGCCGCGAGCCAUCAACUGGCAUGCGGUCACCCAGUGCUGACAGCGAAACGUGGGAAGGCGACACCCUAGCAUCAUCAUCCGACAACGAGUACCAAAAAGCAUAG